AUGGAUUCCACGCAAGUUCUGUGCAAGAAGGAUGCGUUUGUACUCAAUUUUGAGUUUAAACAAUAUCGAGCUCGCGUUAAUCAUGUAGCAAGAGAGCGAAGUUUAAACCUUUCUUUCGGGCGUUCUCAAGGACCAGAACGAGGGAGAAAUGCAGAAACAGUUACAGCAAAAGAAAGAGUUAAUCGACCAAUAUUGAAUAAUCCGUUUCCAAUUUGGGGUACGGUCGGAUUUGAGGUGAACACAAUACGUCAGCUAGCUUCGAAGCAACUUGCCUUUAUUGGAUUAGCAACUCAUAAAAGUCGCGGAAGCGGUGACACGAACUUGUCAGAAAUUUCCGAUUCUCCUCCGAAGAAAGACAUCACAGUUGAGUCUUCUUAUCGUGUUCUCUGUCUGAUGAGUCAUACUGGUGGAGGGCAUAAAGCAAGCGCACAGGCUUUAAAAGAUGGAUUUGAGUGCAUCUAUGGGAAUUCGUAUGAUGUGAAUAUUGUGGAUUUAUGGAGCUCACAUUCUCCGUGGCCUUUAUGUAACAUGCCAAAAAGCUACUUUUUUUUGGUUAAAAACCCGUGGCUUUGGCGCUUAAAUUUCCGAUGCUCAGAACCAAAGAUCGUUCAUGAAACACUGUUCAGGGGAUACGCUGCGAUUGUUAGCACGCAAUUUUCUCGUGUUUUCAUGGAUUAUAAUCCUCACUUAAUUGUAAGUGUACACCCACUGAUGCAACAUGUGCCCUUGAUGUCUUUGGAGCGACUCCGGGAUAAAGUUGCAAAACCGAUUCCAUUUACAACUGUGGUCACAGAUUUAACCCGGUGUCACCCGACUUGGUUUCACAAGAGCGUAUUGAAAUGCUUUGUGGCGACAAAAAUAGUGGUUUCGCAAGCAUUAAGUUUAGGACUGAAAACAACACAAAUUAUAUGUCAUGGACUUCCUAUCAGACCAUCUUUCAGUAUUCCUGCCGGAACAAGAGCAUAUUUGAGGGAGAAGUUAGGUAUGCAAAAGGAUGCUCGGACUGUGAUGUUAAUUGGAGGUGGUGAAGGCAUGGGCAAAAUAACAGAAAUAGCUGAGGAAUUAUCGAAACGACUGUCUGAAACACAUCAACUUGUUAUCAUAUGUGGAAAUAAUAGAUCUCUUGUUGAAAAAUUGAGCGCCAAAAUAUGGCCAUUCAGCGUCCAUGUCAAGGGAUUCGUUCAUAACAUGUCGGAAUAUAUGUCCUGUUGCGAUUGUGUUAUUACGAAAGCAGGUCCAGGCACUAUAGCUGAGGCUCUAAUAUGCGGAAUCCCAAUCAUUCUCAAUGGAUGUAUACCAUGCCAAGAAGAAGGUAAUAUACCUUUUGUACUUGAAAAUAAAGUUGGGACGUAUAGCGAGGAUCCUGUAAUUAUUGCAAAUACUGUCUCGGAAUGGUUUGAUAAAAAUGAUGGGACUUUGGAGGAAAUGUCAGCUCGAGCUAAACUGCUUGGAAGGCCUGAUGCAACUUUCAACAUCGUGCGCGAUCUUGCCGGUAUGAUCCUUUCAUUUUAUCACUGA